AAUUUCCUUCUAAUGUCGUGAACAAGUAAAAGUCAGGUGUAGCAGGAUUUUUUUCCCCAUUAUGUAGACACGUUGCAAAUACAUCUCAUGGCAGGGCACGAUAACCUGCUUGUUUGUGUUUGAUGCUGUAGUGUUUGGCUUGCUGUAAGCCCCAUUGCCUGCUCUCAAACACAGCAUUCACCGCAUAAGUGAGGAAAACGGACGGAUCAUGAGCAACCGAAGUCUACAGAAAACGUAAUCCGCGGUGUCUUGAUGGCCUCCAACUCCAAGCGGUUUUAAACCAUGGCGAAAUCAUUGCUUUAGAAGACCAAGCGAUCAUUAUCCCGUUUCCCCGUUGCACAUGAAUGCCGCAUUAGCAUAAAGUGCGGUCGUGGUAGCAACAAUGGCCACGGCCUGUCAGCUAUGGAGAUCGGACCGAGGACGAUACGUGAAAACCCACGGCAUCCUUGUGGUUUUGUUAACAGAUUUGUUUUUACAACAUGUUAACGGAUACUUGAGCUCUCCUCAUGUUGGCCAGGAGCCUCCCUACACCAGAGAUGCCCAGCACAGCCCUGUCAUCACUAGUCCUGUGGUCCCUGAAGCAGCCCCCGGUAAACUCUCCAUGUCUCCUGCAGAUGAAGAGAGCUACACCUCUAAAUGUCCCAGCGGGGGUCUGUGCAGUCGACUGCCAGCUGACUGCAUUAACUGCAACUAUCACCACAAUUGCACUUAUGGGAAGCCAGCCACCUUCACCUGUAAACCCAAAAGAGGGGUCCACUGUAUAGGGGAGUCAGGACAGCAGCAAACCAAUUUCUCUCUUUCCAUCACCUGUCAGUUCUGCUGGCAGCUGGACCCGUCCCAGUACCGGUGCUCCAACUCCACCAGCUGUAUGACCGUGUCCUGCCCACGAAAACGCUACAACGCCACUUGUAAUGUGCUAGACCAUGUACAUUGCUUAGGAAAAAGAGAGUUUCAGAAGCGCUUAUUCUGCAACUGGACUGGAGGAUACAAAUGGUCAACAGCACUAGUACUCAGCAUCACGCUUGGUGGCUUUGGGGCGGACCGGUUCUAUCUGGGCCAGUGGAGGGAGGGUCUUGGCAAACUGUUCAGCUUUGGAGGCCUGGGCAUCUGGACUUUAAUAGAUGUGCUCCUGAUAGGAGUUGGUUACGUUGGGCCUGCGGACGGUUCUCUCUACAUCUGAGCCACGAGGCUCUGGAGGCACGGUUGGAUGUUUUUUUGCGUUCUUCACUUCAUACUGCUUGACUGUCAAAAACUCAAGAUCCAAGACACCAUCUUAUUAGCACAUCUCCCUGUUCAGUUUUCCUCUGCAACACACCCCCAGCCAUCUGCUAGCUGGCAGGAAGUUUUCUCUUCAUCACACCCAGGUUGACUCUACCCGCCAUUAUCAAAUCAACUCCAUUCAUUCUCCAUUCAUUCCCUGCUACGAUUUAGGCGCUGAAGCGUGCUUGGAAGAUGUGGAGCCGUUAAUAACUUUUAUUGUUGUGUCCUGCAGAAGUGAGUGAGUUGGUGAAAGCUAACUGAUGGAUAUAUAUAUAUAUGGUCACGUUGAUAAACUAUAGAUAGGUUUGGCUUCCUGUGGAGUGGUGCUUGCAAAGAUAUCCUGUCACUUUGGAGACCAGUGUACUCCUUCUUCACUGCAGGGGGUGGGUCAAUCAGUAACCAUGGUUACGGAACAUUUAUGGAAACACUCGACACAGUAGGUAGGCUGAAAGGUAAUGUUUCCAUCCUGUGAGAAAGCAUGGACAAACAUAUGGAGAUAUGUUGAGAGAUAUGUUGCUCCACAAAUAACAGUUUGUACCAACCUGCGAAUGGGCUCAACGGUUAUUGUGCAUGUGCUAUGAAUAAACAGAACAGCAAGUAUUGUAAUGGUUAUUGUGGCUGAGAAAUGGUGUUCUGUCAACAUUGAUCCGCAGUGCCAGCCAGAAAAAUUAUACCUGUGGCUAGAAAUCAUAACGUCGCCUUGGUAAAAGCCUAAAUCAGAUGUUGGGAGAUAUCUAAUGUUGUUUUAAGGGAACACUGGGCACAUUGUACAAAUUUAGGCACUUAAGUGUUGUGCUAGUAUUACCACCCAGGGCUGUAUGUCUGAAUUUCUGUUACCUUCUUAUAUGCUGUUCCCAGAGAUGCAUAUAUUCAGAUACAAAAAAUAUAUAUUGCAUUUAAAUGGUAUUUUCCCCAAUAUUCAUAACAAUCUUCAUGUUUGUUAGUUUUCCAUAUUGCCCACUCCAAAUACCAGAAGUAAAAGAUGCUUUUGCUUGUGAAUGUGGAGCACAAAUUUGUUCUCUCACUUGCUGUAAAUGUGUCAUGUCUGGUUAUUAUUAUUUUUUUCUGUUGGAACACUGUAAAUGACAUUUUUUAGGGAUGCAAAUAAAACUGUGAAAUGUUGUCAAACCA